AUGCAGCGACAUCAGCGGACGACGAAGCACAGGGACGCUAUUCGCAACCAGGAGCUGGCGUUCGCCAAAGCAACCGGCCAGCAUCGCAUCCCCGACUGUCCGAAGGCGCGUGACGUGGAGCAUGAGGCUGUGGAGUCGCUUCUGGACACUCUGCUCUUCAUCACAAAGACGGACGCACCCAUAGAGAUGUGGGUGCAACUCGUCGACUUGACGGCGGUUCACUCCCAGAUGAGGCGACUCGAAGUCUUCAUCAGGGAGCGGUACAUUGACUGUGGGCAGCAGUUCGGUGCUAAAGCGAGCGCACAACUAUCACCGUUCCUUUCUCGGCAUAGUGCUGCAUGCAGCAGGCGCCUGAAAGUGCAGGGAGUGGACACCGACGGUGAGCCACGGGAGCAUGAGUUCACCCUGCACGAGGAGCAGAUUCCUGGCUACUCGGUGGGCGCUGGUGACCUCCCGUCUUGCAUUCGGACGUGCCGCUCGUUUGCGACGGAGCUGCUCUACAACCUCGACUUUCGGCUUGGCGACCUGUCGAACCUCAAUGCCGCAAAGCUGUUCAUGCCACGAACCUGGCCGCGUGGGAAAGAGGCGAGGGACGCGGAGUGCAAGGAAUACAUGGAGAAGCUGGCGGUGAUGUUCCAUGCGCGCGACAGGGAAGAGAUCCUUCCUGGUGAGUUCUCGUGUGUGUUGGCACACUAA